UGUAACAGUAACAUGUUCAAGACAAGGAUCAUGUAGCUUUUAGUUCCAUUCAAAGCUGUUGUGGCAAACGUUCACACAAAGACAAACACAUCACAAAACGUUGGCACUAGAAUCCCGUUAAGGGGGGGCCACCCUACACACGGGCGGCACAACACAACCUAUUCUUUUUCUCCUCCUUUUUUCAAAAAGCAAUUUUUAAUCUUUCUCUCUAUCCAUAUGCUAUGUUCUUAUUCUCUUUCUCUCUCUCUCUCUCUAGAACCAUUGAUCGGAAUACUGCUGCUGCUUGUGUGUAACCAAAUUGGAGCAAUCCCCUUUGAAUCUGAUCCUACAAUCACAAGGCUAGCUACCCAUUUUCUACUUCUCAUGAUCUAGGUAUUUGGUUGUAAAAGAUGACAAGGGUGACUCGUGAUUUUGGUGAUACAAUGCAAAAAGAGGCUGUGCCUGCGGUGUCUUCUGAUGUUGUGUUUGCUUCAAGUCGCUUUCCUAAUUACAGAAUUGGAGCUAACAAUCAGAUAAUGGAGGCAAAGGAUGAUCCAAAGGUGCUAUCUAUGAAAGAGGUUGUUGCACGUGAGACUGCACAGCUGUUGGAACAACAUAAACGACUCUCGGUUCGUGACCUUGCCAGUAAAUUCGAGAAGGGUUUGGCAGCCGCGGCUAAGUUAUCUGAUGAGGCUAGACUUAGAGAGGCAGCAUCAUUGGAAAAACAUGUUCUUUUGAAGAAGCUUAGAGAUGCACUUGAAUCCUUAAAAGGCCGCGUGGCAGGUAGAAACAAGGAUGAUGUGGAAGAAGCUAUUGCUAUGGUUGAGGCACUAGCAGUUCAGUUGACUCAGAGGGAAGGGGAACUGAUACAAGAGAAGGCAGAGGUGAAGAAGCUUGCAAAUUUUCUUAAGCAGGCUUCCGAAGAUGCUAAGAAACUUGUUGAUGAGGAAAGAGCUUUUGCUCGUGCUGAAAUAGAGGAUGCCAGAGCAGCAGUUCAAAGAGUGGAAGAGGCACUUCAAGAACAUGAGAGAAUGUCUCAAGCUUCAGGGAAGCAGGACAUGGAACAAUUAAUGAAGGAGGUUCAAGAGGCUCGAAGAAUCAAAAUGCUUCAUCAGCCAAGCAAGGUCAUGGAUAUGGAACAUGAGCUUCGAGCAUUGAGGGCUCAACUAGCAGAGAAGACUAGACAGUAUCUCCGACUUCAAAAGGAGCUUUCGAGGACGAAGAAAGGUGGGGAAAAUGAUCCACAUUUGUAUGAACUUGAAGGGAUUGAAACAUUGGGUUCUUAUUUGCAAAUUCAGCCUUGCUCUGAUAAUGCCCCUGAAGUUUCAAAUUGUUCAAUUCAGUGGUAUCGCGUAUCAUCUGAUGGUGCCAAAAAAGAACUUAUCUCAGGAGCAACCAAAUCAGUGUAUGCCCCUGAACCUUUUGAUGUUGGACGCAUAUUACAAGUUGAUAUUAUUUCAGAAAGCCAGCAUGUCACACUUUCAACCUCUGGUCCAAUAGAUCCAGCUGCUGGUUUGGGAACCUAUGUAGAGGCACUUGUGCGCAAGCAUGACUCUGAAUUCAAUGUAGUUGUGACUCAGAUGAAUGGUUCACAUCAUCCAACUGAAUCUAUUCAUGUGCUUCAUGUUGGGAAGAUGAGGAUGAAGCUUUGUAAAGGAAGAACAACAAUUGCCAAAGAAUAUUAUUCAAGUUCAAUGCAGCUUUGUGGAGUUCGAGGCGGCGGAAAUGCGGCGGCGCAGGCACUAUUUUGGCAGCCAAAGCAAGGGCAUUCUUUUGUAUUAGCCUUUGAAUCAGAGAGAGAAAGGAAUGCUACCAUCAUGCUUGCAAGGAGAUUUGCAUUUGACUGUAAUAUCAUGCUUGCUGGACCAGAUGACAGGGCUCCUCUAGGGACAUGAUAAUGACCCUCCUUACAUCUUAUUUUCCCCUUUGUAAUUAUGAGUUUUUCUAGCUUGUAUUAUAAGUGUCAUUUUAGCAUUAAAAUCUGCCUUAUUAGACUGAUUCAUACCUUGUGGUCUGAAUCAUUUAUAUAAUUUUGUUUAAUCAGUCCAAGGCAUUUUUUUUAUUUGCCUUUUAGAGACUAAGUUUUAGGUUAUAAUUAUAGAAUCCUUGGCUGCAUGCCAUGUCAAGUGUUUGAGAUGCUAAUUGGUUGUAUUUGAUGGACAGACAAUUACUGAGAAUUCUGAUUGCAUUUGUCUAUGGACACUGCCCUCGUGAACAGGACAAUAUGCGAUUCUUCUCUAAACUCUAAUUAUGAAUAUAAAAAAAUCCAAUGUUCA